GAUUCGGUGACUAUUUAAGUUAGUUUGAUUCUUGAAUCUCGUUCGACCUUUUUGUCUUGAUAAGCAUAUAAAUGACGUCAUAUAUCACAAAACAAAUAAAAAAAGAAGAGGGAGAAUAAGAAGAAGAAGUAGGUAUAUUGAACUCAAAUCGAAUGCAUUGGAAGUUUCCGCUGAGCGACAAAAACCAAUUUACCCAAAGACCCAAAAGAUUCGUAUGCAAAUUAGAUGUAUUAGAAACAAAAGCAACGGUUCUUCAGUGGGUAUCAAGAAGAAAGCAGCUACAACAACACCAAACAACAAAUAACAACAACAACAGCGUUGAUAAUAAUGACUAUGAAUUUGGGUCUCGAAUAGAAUCGAAUCGUAAUCAUAUCGAAUGGAAUGGAAUCGUAUGGGAUGCAUUAAAUAUUCUAAUGAGAAAACCAUUCCAAGAUACAAGAUUAGAGGAAGAUGCAUUCUGCAGUCAAUAGUUUCUGACUGCAUUCUGGGGAAAAGAGAGUUUUGGUUUGCUUGGAGUAUAAAUAGCCAUGACAGUUGCCACUCUAAAGCUAUUCCCACAACAAACAUGGAUCAACGAGCAACGGCCAUUGGCAUAGUUCUCCUGUGCUUGUGCGCGGGCACCAGCUUGGCUUUCCAGGACAAGGCUCCAGUCCAGCACAGUUUGAUUCCCGGCCAAUCACGCACCGAUAAGCAACAAGUGCUUGAGGAUCCACUGGGUUCCGGACGUGGCAUCGAUGAGAAUCUGCUGAAGACCAUAGGUAAGGGUGGCAUUAAAUUGGUGGUAGCCUCCGGCUCGACAACGACAACACCCAAACCGGCAGUACAGCAUCAACAUCAUUACUAUUAUCCAGAGGAGCAGCACGGACGUCAGUACGGUUAUGGCUAUGGCGGCUAUAACCAUCCACCCACUCCAUAUCAGCCAUGGCCUGUCUACCCACAACCCCCACCACCGCCGCCGCCACCACAGAGACCAUGGACACAACCACCACCACCGCCGCCAACACCCCCCUACUAUCAAUGGUAUGGUGGUCAGUGGGGCAACUAUGGCGGCUAUGGCUAUGACUAUUAUCCCGGCUACUCUGGUUAUCCCGGCUAUCCAUACUACCCAUACUAUCGUGCCUCCAGCAAUGCCCAGGCCGGUGACAAUGGUCCGGGAUCAGGACCGGGUGAUAUUGUGCCACCACCCACAGCUGGCUUUCAGGCUAGAUACCUGAGUGCUACGAAUAAUCUCAUCGAUGGCAAGGGAACACAAAAUGUUCUCCCACUCUAUCAUCUCCUGAACAUGUCUAGGCCCUAGGGACAUCAACAUCUACAUUUUUUUUCAUUCACAUUAACAUUUUUUUUUUUUGACUACUCUAA